UAUUAGAUUCUUACCGUUGGGGAAAGCUCCGAGGCAACUCAAAGGUCAAAAACCCUUCACAAUUUCACAGUUCACAGCUCAAAAACCCUAAUUAACCUCUAAAUCAUCUCACUAAUUUCCCAACAGAACCCUGUUUUAAUCCAAUCAAACACCUUCAAUCUCACCUUCUCUCCUCACCAAACCCUAAUUCCAUCACCAAAAAGCUUUACAGAACUUCAUGUCAAUAUGAAUUUCACCGAACACGACGAUGAUGAGCCCGGACCAGAGUCUCCUACGUUUGAUUCUACUCACAAGUUUCUACAGGAUGAGUGUGCUGAUGGCAUUGGCGAUGAUGAUCGCGACAUGAUGUUCACGUCUUCGGAUACAGAUUCCAUUGAUGAACCACUAUCAAAUCAUUGCUUUGACGAUUGGCAAACGGAUGGUGGGGAUGCUGUUGUUGAAUGUCUCCCUGAUUAUAUUGUAUAUCGUGAUAAAUAUUCUACAGACUCUGUGGUAACCUUUUCAAGCAGUUGCAUUAAGAUAGAGGGAUAUUGGAAAGCUGAAACAUUUGAAUUUCAGUGGGGAGUUGAUCAUAUCAUGAAUAUUGAAUGUCAGUGGUGUGAGAGACUUGAAUUGGCAACUGUAAUAAUCAGAGUGAAUUCAAAAGGAAUAGCACCAACCGAAGACGUACACGGACAUACAGGUUUUGAGGAGUUCAAGUUUGCAAUUGUUGAAGACUGGUACAGAAAACAGGAUGAGAUUAUGUCUCUGGAUGUCUACCAGCCUUUGUGGAACAUUGUGCUAAGUUCUGAUAUGGAGAGGGAUGCAAAGGUGUUACCUGGUCAGAGCAAAAUAUUCCCUUUGAAACACUAUUUUCCUUCUUUCGAGGACUCUUUUGAAGAUGUUAUAUAUCCGAAAGGGGAUCCAGAUGCUGUGUCUAUAAGUAAGAGAGACGUUGAUCGGCUAGAACCAGAGAUAUUUGUCAAUGAUACAAUUAUCGACUUCUAUAUUAAAUACUUGAAGAAUAAAAUCGACCCCAGCGAGAGACACAGAUUUCACUUUUUCAACAGUUUUUUCUAUCCAAAACUGGCUGAACUUGGCAAAAGUCUAUCUAGUUUUGUUGAAGGCCGAGCUGCAUUUCGGAGUGUUCGUAGAUGGACACGAAAAAUUAGUUUAUUUGAGAAGGAUUACAUCUUUGUUCCCGUAAAUUUCAAUUACCACUGGAGUCUUAUAGUGAUAUGCCAUCCUGGUGAAGUUGCUGACUUUCAAGAUUCAGAUGCGAGGAAAUCUUUAAAGUUGCCAUGCAUAUUGCAUAUGGAUUCUAUCCGAGGAAGUCAUUCUGGUCUGAAGGGGCUUAUUCAGAGUUAUUUGUGGGAAGAAUGGAAGGAGCGGCACGCGGAUUCAUCUGAGGAUAUCUUUUUAAAAUUUUCAAAUAUGAGAUUCUUCUCACUUGAGCUCCCGCAGCAGCAAAAUUUAUACGACUGUGGACUCUUCUUGCUGCACUAUGUGGAACUCUUUUUGGAAGGAAAUCUUGUUAAUUUCAAUCCUCUUAAAAUCUCAAGUUUUUCUAACUUCCUUACUGCUAAUUGGUUUCAACCUGCUGAAGCUUCUCUUAAGCGAGCCUAUAUCCAAAGACUUAUAUAUGAUAUGUUAGAUGAUGGUUCUUCUGAACCGUCUCCAAGCAAUGGAGAAGAUGAGAAGUGUACCUCCAUGUAUCUUAAAUCUGUUGAUAAAGAUAGAACUACUUCAGAGUUCCUCUGGGACGGAAGCAGUUUUUCAAAGGUUGUCCAUGAAAGUGUACCUUGUUCAGAAGAUGGACAGAGGCUUGAAUUAGGCUUGUUACAUUCAUCUUUAGCUGAUAGUAUUCAAUCUGCUAAUGUCUCUGGCUUCAUUUUAAGAGGACCUGGUGAGGCAGAAGCUGCUGUAGAAUCUUUGUGUGGAGCUUUUGAGAGGACUAGGGCAGAAGCUGCUGUAGAAUCUUUCUGUCAAGAUUUUGAGAAGACUAAGGCAGAAGGUGGCGUAGAAUCUUUCUGUCAAGCUUAUAAGAAGACAACCCCUUCUGAGGCAGAAACUGCUGGAGAAUCUUUCUGUCAAGCUUUUGAGCAGACAGCCCCCUCUGAUGCAGAAGCUGCUGUAGAAUCUUUCUGUCAAGCAUCUGAGAAGAUAGCCGCCUCUAAGGCAGAAGCUGCAGUAAAAUCUUUCUGUCAAAAUUUUGAGAGGUCAGCCCCCUCUGAGGUGUUUGAGAACUCCUCUAAGAGUAUUCAUUUUGCUAAUGACUCAGGCUUCGUUUCAAGAGGACGUGCUGAGGCAGAAGCUGCUGUAGAAUCUUUUUGUCAACCUCUUGAGCGGACUGCUCCCGCUGAGGAGUUUAAGAAUACCUCAGAGAGUAUUCAAAUUUUUAAUGACUCUGGCUUCGUUUCUAGAGGACCUGCUGAGGCAGAAACUGCUGUAGAAUCUUUCUGUCAAGCUUUUGAUCAGACAGCCCCCCCUGAGGAGUUUAAGAAUGGUUCUGAGAGUAUUCAGCCUGUUAAUGACUUUGGUUUUGUUUCCAGAGGAACUGCGAAGGCAGAAGCUGCUGUAGAAUCUUGCUGUCAAGAUUUUGAGCAGAAUGGCCACUCUGAAUGUAGUAAUGCCAUGCCACCAAUAGAGAUGGGCUUUGUUUCCAGAAGACCUGCUGAGGCAGAAGCUGCGGUGGAAUCUUUGGGUCAAGGUUUUGAGCAGACAGCCCCCUCUGAGGAGUCUAGGAAUGUGUCUCAGAUUAUUCAACCUGUUAAUUGCUCUAGCUUCGUUUCCAGAGGACUAGCCGAGGCAGAAUCUUUCUGUCAAGCUUUUGAGCAGACAGCCCCCUCUGAGGAGUUCAGGAAUGUGUCUGAGAGUAUGCAACCUGUUAAUGGCUCUAGCUUCGUUCCCAGAGGACUUGCCAAGGAAGAAGUUGCUGUAGAAUCUCUCUCUCAGGAUGUUGAGCCCCCAUCUGGGUGCAGUAAUGCCAUGCCACCAUUAGAGCAAGAGGAUAAGAGUUAUAAGCAUUCCUGCUGCCCGUCAUUGGGAACUACUGGGUUCCAGGAACCUAAAACAUCUACUUCUGAAGCAUGUGUUGCUUAUUUAUCGAAGGAAUCUGGAGCAGAACCUUUGUGGAAUCGAGAAUCUAAUAUGUGUCAGAAUGUGCUUAUGGACACUGACUCAUCCAAAGAAUCAAUCUGUGCAUCUGAUGAUUUGCUUAAAUCAAAAAACGCAAUUCAUAGUAAAAUUGGAACAAAUCUCAGUAUGGAAGUGAAACUAGAUCAUCAUCAGCCUAAGUUUUCAUCACUGGGUAACUUGGAAUUAUUUGUGGACUUGCGGGUGCCGUCAAGUAGUGAUCAUAUGCUUAAUAGAAACAACACAUUUUCCAAGAAUUGUGGAACACCUCCCCGAAAUUGUGAUGCACUUGAAGAUAGGUCUGCAGCCUGUGCGCCAGUGCAAUGUAUUUGUGACGGCUCGGGUACCGGUGUGCAGCAGGCCACUAAGAAAAGGAGACUUGCACCUAUAAAAGAGGGACCAAGUUUAGAUGAGGACUUGCACGAGUAAAAGUAUGUUUAUGAUGUCAUUAGUGUUAUCUCAGUUAUACUUCCUGUUUAUGCCAAGCUUUUUGCUAGAAUGGGAGUCAUCUACUUUUGUCCAUUAGGUGUUUUGCAAGCAGUUUUAGAAAGAAAACACUUUUGGCCUAUGGUUAAGAAUUCAGUUAAUAUACUUACUGCAAUGCAGUUGAUGGCAAUAUGACUUGCUUUUAAGUAUUACUUUUGCAUGCAUAUGAUCAUUUAGCAGUUUAUUAA